AUGAUUGUAAACCCAUUUGAUGUUGAUAUUCCAGAAGCCUGGAAGAAUGAAAUAAUUUAUUAGAAAUAUAUAGCAUUUUUAGCAUUAAGAUAGACUACAAAUACACUUAAUAACAUAUAGAAUAACAAUUUAAAUUAGGAUGAUUUCAUUUACAGAGAUAUAUUAUUUAAGAAUUAAAUGCCUUAAGAAUAGUGUGAUACUUAUUUUGACUAUAUGAAACAACAUUAUAAAUCAAGAAAAUAGUUGAAUAGUAGUGAUUUCUUAAAAUAAAGAAGGGAAGAAUGUUAAAAUAAGAAAUUUAAUUUUUGGUAAAAAUGCACAAAAUUGCCAAUAAAUACAAAAUAGAAAUUAGAAACAAGAAAUAUUGUGAGAGACAUCAAAUAUUAGCAUUUGAUUCUUCCUCAAAUUUUAUUUCUUUCAGGGUCAAUAAUUAUUGCUUAUUUGUUAAAAAUGUAUAGAAAUCCAAUAAAAUUUUAAUUAAUAACAAUAGGAUUUGGAUCAUCUUUAGGUUACUUUCAUGGAGUUUACAAUUGUAUUGUUAAUAUAAAUAUUCAGAUAGUAAUUAAAUAUUUAAUGAUAUUCCAUAUCUGCCAGACCCUGAGUUGGAGGUAGAACAUUAACAUAUAAUGAAUUAUUGUUUUUCUUUAGAUUAAGAGUAAAUUUAAAUAAAUAAUUAUAGUUUGAUAGCAAGGUAUGUGUUUAGCCAUUAGAAUUUACACAAAUGA